AUGAUCUCCAACCACCUCGUCUUCAUGAUCGCAAGCGGGGAUGUUUUUGGGAAAGAUCAGCCCGUCUCGCUGAGCCUGCUGGGGUCAGAGCGGUCCCGCACUGCCCUGGAGGGCGUGGCGAUGGAGCUGGAAGACUCGCUCUGCCCCCUGCUCCGGGAGGUGCGACUGGGCAUUGACCCUCGCAAGGUGUUCAGGGACGCUGACUGGGCGCUGCUCAUCGGGGCCAAACCCCGAGGCCCUGGCAUGGAGCGACGGGACCUGCUCGACCUGAACGGCCAGAUCUACAAGGAGCAGGGGCAGGCACUGAACGAGGUGGCCUCCCGGAACUGCAAGAUGCUGGUCGUGGGGAACCCCUGCAACACCAACGCCCUGAUCGGCCUGGAGAAUGCCCCUGACCUGCCGCGCCGCAACUGGCAUGCGCUGACCCGCCUGGAUGAGAACAGGGCCAAGUGCCAGCUGGCGUUGAAGGCCGGAAAGUUCUACACCUCCGUCACCAACAUGUGCAUCUGGGGCAACCACUCGACCACACAGGUCCCUGAUUUUGUCAACGCCAAGAUUGAAGGUGUGCCUGCUCGCGAGUACAUUCACGAUGACAAAUGGCUGAAGGAGGAGUUUACUCCCACGGUUGCAAACCGCGGAGGAGUCCUGAUCAAGAAGUGGGGGAGGUCCUCUGCCGCAUCCACUGCAGUCUCCAUCGCCGACCACAUCCGGUCACUCACCCAGCCCACCAAGGAGGGUGACUGUUUCUCCACCGCCGUGAUCACCGAUGGCAACCCCUACGGGCUAGCUGAGGGGCUGGUGUACUCCAUGCCUGCGCGGUCCAAGGGUGAUGGUGACUACGAGAUCAUCCCGGGCUUCCACAUGAAUGACUGGCUCAUCGAAAAGUGCAAGGCGAGCGAGGACGAGCUGCUGAAGGAGCGGGACUGCGUGGGGCACCUUCUGCCCAACGCCACCGUGGCGCAGUGCAUGAUUACGGAGGAUACGAUGCUGCCUGGAGAGAACUGA